CUGUCUGAAACGUCCGGUGUAACUGCAAGUCUAUCGGUUUCUGUCACUGAUAGCAUUUUGUCGUUAUGCAGCAUUUUCGUCACGUGACAUGUUAACUUUAACAGGAAGAAAGACGGAAAAAAAGUUACGUGGGAUAUUUGAUCGAUUUUGUGAACAGGAGACGUAAUUUAAGGAAUUAUGUUUUUAUCUGUGAUUGUCCUGAUUCUUUACAGCUUCACUGAAUCUAAAUCAGAGCAGUUAACGGUAUUUGGUCCAGAAGUUCCUCUUUACGCUGUAGCUGGUGAAGAUCUGGUUCUGCCCUGUUUUAUCAAACCCAAUACCAGUGCUGUGGACAUGACAGUGGAGUGGUUUAAACUAGAGGCAGGGGUCUCAACAGUUCAUCUCUAUAAGGAUCAUCAAGACAGAAAUGAAAAGCAAGCGAAGUCCUACAUUGGAAGAACAUCAUUGUUCAAAGAGGAACUACAGAAAGGCAACGCUUCACUUAAACUCUCUGCUAUCCGAAUCUCUGAUGAAGGAGAAUAUACGUGUCUAAUUGAGGAUAAAUCCUGGUCUGAUGACAUUGCUGUUCAUAUCUUUGUCAAGGCUCAUGGAAGUCACCCAGUGAUCACGAUGGAGAGUUAUGAUAACUCAGGAGGUAUUAAUCUAGAGUGUGAAUCCAGAGGCUGGAACCCUGCACCUGAUGUUCAGUGGUUGGACAGAGAAGGAGCCCCUCUGCCUGCUGAAGAGACACAGAUACACAGAGACACUGAGGGCUUCAAUCUUAAACGCCGCAUCACUGUUCAAGAUUAUAGUGACUCCAACAAAUUUUACUGCCGAUUUCAACAAAUCGAUCACAUGAUGGACACAGAGGUCAUCAUUAACAAGCAGCAGAGACAGAAGCUGGAAGCUGAUAUUCAAAGGGAGAAGCAAAACACAGAGGAGCAAAGACAGAAGUUUGAAAAGAUGGAGAGGUUUGCAGAACUGCAGAGACAGAGGGUAGAAGAUGAGUUUGUAAAGAAGAAAAAGUUUGCAGUGGAUGUGACUCUGGAUCCUGAUACAGCUCAUCCCGCACUCAACCUGUCUGCUGAUGGAAAAGAACUGACGUGUGAAGACGAGGGGCAGAAUCUCCCUGAUACACCACAGAGGUUUGAUGUGUGUGUUAGUGUUUUAGGAAAGCAGAGUUUCUCCUCAGGGAGAUUUUAUUAUGAGGUUCAGGUCAGCGGGAAAACUGCGUGGCUAUUAGGAGUCGUGAGAGAGAACAUUAACAGGAAGGGGUGGAUUGCAUGGAGUCCUCAGAAUGGAUUCUGGACUGUGUGGCUGAGGAAUGAGAAUAAAUAUGAAGCUCUUGCUGAUCCCUCUGUCCCCCUCACACUGAGAAAGAAGGUGGAGAAGGUGGGGGUGUUUGUGGAUUAUGAGGAGGGUCUGGUCUCCUUUUAUGAUGUGAACUCCAGAUCUCAUAUCUACUCUUUCACUGGUCAGACUUUCACUGAGAAACUCUAUCCACUCUUUGAUCCUUGGUUAAAUGAUGGAGGUAAAAAUGCAGCUCCACUGAUCAUCUCUCCUGUGUGUAACACUGAGUGAAUUUUCACCUCACAGAUUUAAUCAUCUGUUAAAUGUCAGAAUAAAUAAUAAUUUUUCUGUUCAAUUUUUAGAAAUACAUGUUUACAUUUCUACAGUUUUUAUUAUUUUAUUUGUGUUUACAGUAUGUUUUGCCUAAACAAAUAACUUUAAUCCAUUUUUAUUUAAUUAAAAAUGAAACUUUAAUAACAACGAGUUACAGUUAACGUAUGUGUGUGUGUGUGUGAAAGAGAGAGAGAGAGAGAGAGAGAGAGAGAAGGGGAGGGGGCAUUUAAUAAAAAGAGACAAGACAUACAGUAAAGCGGUACAACACGCUCCAGACUCGAUUAGCUUUAUCUAUCAGGGAGUAACGCUAGACAACGUGUGUGUGUGUGUGUGUGUGUGUGUGUGUGUGUGUGUGUGUGGAUGUGUGUAAAGGAGAGAGAGAGAGAGAGAGAGGUUGUAACGUGUGUGUCUGUGUGAGAGAAAGCGGGAAUUGUGGGUAAUCGUCUCACCUGCUGAGUGCGCGUCUCUCACUCGUACAGUCAACAUCCCUGUGUGUGUGUACUGUUUACUAUAACACUGUGACCACAUGUGUGCGUAAACCAUCUUUUGUUGUGUGUGUGUGUGUGUGUGUGAAAGUCGUCCUGUUUAUUAUAACACACGUGUGUGCCGUAAACAAAAGCAAGAUUCUGUUUCUCUCUUCGUGUGUCAGAAAGCACUGAUUCUGUUAGUGUGUGUGCGCGUGAAUGUCAUUUAGAGAAUGUGCCUCCUCCUUCUUCACACACACACACACACACACACACACACACACACACACACACACACUCUAUAGGUAAAGUGCAGGUUAAUUGAUUUAUUUUUACUUAAAGCAGUGAUCCCGUUAGUGUGUGUGUGUGUGUGUGUGUGUGUGUGUGUGUGUGUGUGUGUGUAAAAGUCAUCCCACACUGCAGCCCUCCAUCCUCUUAAAUAAGUUGGCGGGGAGGGCUGCUGUGUAAGAGGGGGAGGGGUCAACCCUCCUCCUGUCUUACUUUAGCUUCACACACAUACACAUCGCGUACGCGCACAAACUAUGAAGGUAAAACAGUAGCAGUAGCCGAGAGCUUGCAAAUUUGAAUGUGAGAACUUGUAAAAUUAAUAUUUGUAUUUGUAAGUUGAAAUU